UCUUUCCAUAGGCAUUUAUUGUGUCGCGCUCAUUCGCCAUACCAUUACGCUGUCGUUACAAAAACAUUAGAAAAUCGGAAAUAUCAUAUUUUUUUUGUGGCGCGAUGAAAACUUAUUUGUUUUGGAGUGUCGUUGUUUUAACAUAUUUAGGAACAGUAAUAUGUGAAAAGCCGCUGGGUAGGCGACGAGCAGUGCCUGUGAUAUUCGUUCAAGGCUCUCAUUACGAUGUCGGUUAUGAUGUGGGUCGUACAUUCUCAUAUAUCAUUAAAGAUUUCAUAGCUACAUAUGAAAAUCUGAGGGACUUUGAGAAAGAAUACAAAACGGAUACCGGUCGGGAUGCGUAUGACAAGACACUGGCCAAUAUGAAGAGCCGUUUCCCUUAUUACGUCAAGGAGAUACAGGGUGUGGCCGAUGGUGCUAAUGUUCCAUUCCACCUGCUUUUCCUCCUACAAAUGGACGAUUUGAUCGGGACAAUCAACGAUAACCAUCUACCAAGGAACGAUACCGGCGGUUGCAGUUCUUUAGCCAUCAAAACUCCGAAAAGUGCUGUUCUUGGACACACUGAAGACGCUUUUAGCGAAACACUUAACCAUUUCUACAUUAUGUCUGCACAUAUCAUACCGACACCAGAAGAUAGGGAGAGAGGGGCCGUUGAAGAAAGAUUUGCGUCACUUUGCUACGCCGGUCAUAUGCCUGGAUACACAAUGGGGUACAAUGAAAAUGGCUUAGUAUUCUCCAUCAACACUCUCAGCCCAUUGAUUUUGAAGCCUGGAAAUACGCCAAGAACUUUCAUCACACGAGCUCUAUUAGCAUCCAAGAACUUCGCUGAGGCUGAAAGGGUCCUACGCGAUGAAGGACUUGGUAUCGGAAAUGGCUUCUCUCUUAACAUGAUUUGGACGGAUAAGACCUGCGAUAGAAAGAUCUACAAUGCAGAGGUAGCGCCCGACCUGACGGGUGACAAGUCUCUCGUUAACAUACAAGGCUUUGCUGAUGAGCCAUUGGUGCAUACGAACAUAUACCAAAGGAUCAAGGUGAAAGAAGUUAUAGGACCAAUCAUAGAUAGCAGCACCGCCCGUCUUAAGGCCAUUCAUGCGCACCAGCCGCCCCAAAAUCAAAAAGACAUCAAGGAUAUCAUAUCUGAUACAAGCGGCACUGACUUCCAAGUAUUUCAAGAGAAAAAGGAUUCUAUUAUCAAGACAAUUGCUGCGGGUGUUUUCGAGUUGGACAAGAUGACUUGGAGUAUUUAUAUCAACAAACCAAACUCUUCGGAGCCUGUAGCCGUUUUGCCAAUAAGAUUUUCAAUGUUAGAAAAAGUAUAAUCUAAUCUAUUAAAAGUGCGUGGAUUUAACAAUAAUACCUAAUCAUGAUUUAAAAUAGUAAAUGGAAUAAUACUUAGGAGCUUUUAGAGAAUAGUAGAUAAUUAUAAUUAUUGUCGUUUUCCCUAGUGUUACAAUCAAAUAAUUAGGUAUUUAUUAGUUAUAAUAUUAAAUUAUUACUUGUAGAAAUUAGAGUAAAUAUUAAAGAAGAAAAUCUCCCCUGCUUUGCCUCGAAAUAUUUACCUGUUAUUAUACAUAGUAUGGUGAAUCUACCCCAUAUAAGAAAAUAUAUCUACUCAUUUGUAUGGAAAUUCAUUUAGAAACGUACUUUGGAAGUAGCCUACCUACCUACCUACUAAAUAAUGUAGAAACGUAAAUAUGUCUAAUUUCGUGAGGUAGGACAAGCUGUCAGACAAACGGGUUGGUAAGCAGACACAUAGGAACCCUAUAUAAUAAUAUAAGUUAAGCAAUAUAUUUUUCCAAAUCGCAAAAAAUACAAGAAAAAUUAUUUAUUAUUCUGUUUUUUAAAUCCAAAGUUACACCUAUACGAAUCACAAGUUGAUUCUUUCAAAUCUAUUUAUUUAUUAUAUUUUCCAAAAAAUACAGUUAUCGUAGGCCCUACAAAUAAAUUAUUUGAAUUUACUUACUAAGCAUUUUAGGACAUUAGUUUUGAUUUAUCUGAUUACUACAGCUUCGUUACCUAUACCUACUUAUUUAUUUCCUAGGUACUAAAGGAAAAUAAUGUUGAUUCAAUAUAAUAUAUUAAUUGCUUAAUUCA